AUGUUCAACAUAAACAAACUAUGUCUGUUUUCUUGUCUGUGCGUUAUUGUUAUUAUUGUUCUUUAUUUUCAAUCAGAGAUCGCUCGUUUAGAAGAAAAUUACCGAAAAUUAGAAUUCAGACUUCUUCAAACACAUUCAGAAUCUCGCCAGUUUUUUCCAAAAAGUUUAGAGAAAAAUGAUGAUGACUCUAUAGUGAUAUACAACAGGGUCCCGAAAACGGGAUCCACGAGUUUCGUCGGAGUAGCAUAUGAUUUGUGUAAGAGAAAUAACUUUAAAGUAUUACAUAUCAACAUUACUGCCAACAGACAUAUCAUGUCUCUAAGCAAUCAGUACAAGUUUGCUCAGAAUGUUACUAAAUGGUAUGAGAUGAAGCCUGCCCUCUAUCAUGGCCAUAUGGCCUUCCUCAACUUUGAAAGGUUGGGAGCCACGUCAAAACCAAUAUUUAUUAAUUUAAUAAGAAAACCUCUUGAUAGACUUGUAUCCUAUUACUAUUUUCUAAGGAACGGUGAUAAUUAUAGACCACAUUUGGUGCGAAAAAAACAUGGUGAUAAAAUGACAUUCGACGAGUGUGUAGAGCGGUCCCAGCCAGACUGUGACCCCAACAAUAUGUGGCUCCAAGUGCCCUUCUUCUGUGGACAUGCUGCCGAGUGCUGGAUACCAGGCAACCAAUGGGCGUUAGAACAGGCGAAACAUAAUCUAGUCAACCAUUAUCUCAUCGUGGGUGUAACCGAACAAAUGCUCGACUUUAUAACAGUCCUGGAGGCUACACUACCUCGGUUCUUCAGAGGGGCCACAGAGUAUUACUUAAACAGCAACAAAUCUCACUUGAGACAGACCAGUGCUAAAAUAGAACCGAACAGUUUGACAGUGGAGAAGAUACAAGAGUCGACAGUGUGGAAGAUGGAGAACGAAUUGUACGAGUUCGCGUUGGAGCAGUUCAAUUUUGUUAAGAGAAAAUUGUUGGCUCGGGAAGCGAAUAAUGUGGCGCAAAUUUAUUUUUACGAGAAAAUACGGCCUAAAUGA